AUGGAGCCACGUCUCGCUGAGGCAGAACACAGCGCAGUCUCGGGCCUCUCGCUGGCUCUGGACCUGACACAGAAGCUCGUCCGUCUUGUUGGGCAGAGACUGGACGUUGGCCAGGUAGAUGGAGGGCAAAGGGGUCCUGGAGGAGCGGCUACGAACGAGCAGACCGCCUUGUUUUCCCCGGUGUCUGCGCCUCCUGCGUCGGCUCCCGGUACCCUGCUCCACACCGCGGAGAGCACGCCGGAGACGCCCAGUCCCCCCGCUCUGUUCGCGGCCAUUGCCGCGGCCCGCCUGCCAUGUCUGACGGGCCUCACGAGUGGGGCACUCAAUAAAGUCCAAGCACCUCAGUUCGGGUAA